AUGAAGUCCAAGGGGAAAGCUGUGAAAACACCCCAAAGAACCUGGUCUGACCCAGAGCCUGAACUCGAACCUGACACAGAAGCUGAACCGGGCUCCAGUGAGCAGGAAGACUCAGAAGCCUCAGAAAGAAUCGGCAGCUCCUGGAGAGGUUCCCUGAGGAGCCGGCAGGGCACGCGGCAAGGAGCGAGUGGCGGUCGUCGGCGCCGGUCGCACGGCUCCACCACGAAAGAGCGCAGCAUCCGCCGCCUAGAGAGUAACGAGCGAGAACGCCAGCGAAUGCAUAAACUCAAUAAUGCCUUUCAAGCAUUACGCGAGGCCAUCCCGCACGUCAAGACGGACAAAAAACUCUCCAAGAUUGAGACGUUGACACUGGCAAAGAACUACAUCAAGGCCUUGACCUCCAUCAUCCUUGAUAUGUCAGGGGGCCUCCCCACUAGUGACGUCCCAUCAAACGCCAGCACUGCCAAGCUGCUCCAGUGUUACCAGAAACACCUGGAGGAGGAAGGCGAAGAGGGCCUCACCCAGUAUCUCACCCACAUGCACAAUUUAAGCCAACUCAGCUAG